GCUGCUUGUCAGAAGCUUUUGGGCUACGGGUUAUCUAAUAGUCCGAUAGAAAUCGUUAGGUCUUCUAAUUGGAUAAACUCCGCCCCACACUCAAAUAUUCCAAGACAAAAUCAAUCUCUCCACAGAAAUUUUUCUUGAACCUCGAGCAUCCUUCUUCCUCACUUCCGCAGUGUCAACUACUUGUGCCGUAAAAAGCACACUGCUUGCGCCUGCGAGUGCAUGCUUCAAGGACAUCACGAGUCCAAGAUGGCGUCUUCAGCGCCAAGUGGCGAGGCCGUCGCGAGCCCGAUACUCGAGUCGAUUCCUGUCCAGGACAUGGCCGCGUUGGACGUCAAGGAUCCGGUCACCGAGGCCGUCACCGAAGCUGCCGUACCCGAGACUGAGGCUGCUGAGGUGCCGCCUCAUCGAUCGCAUGACCCUACCAACAACUUGAAGCGGAGUGAUCCCUUCCAGUUCGGUAGCCGGUAUUUGAAUGAAGGAGACGAUGUCUUCGAGUUCAAUGCCUGGGACCACGUUGAGACUGACGAUGCGUACAAGGAGUAUGCUGAGGAGCAGUACGCGAAGCAGCGUCAACAUCCUGUCUCGGACUUUGAAAAGAGAAAAUUCAGUCAGGACCCUGCUAGAUGGUGGAAUUUGUUCUACAAGAACAAUGCCGCCAACUUUUUCAAGAAUCGCAAAUGGCUCCAACAGGAAUUCCCUGUUCUGGCCGAGGUAACCAAGGAAGAUGCCGGUCCUAAGGUCAUCUUGGAGAUUGGUGCUGGAGCCGGUAAUACGGCCUUCCCUGUCUUGGCCGAGAAUAAGAACCCGCAACUGAAGAUCCAUGCCUGCGACUACUCAAAGACAGCCGUAGAGGUCAUUCGCAAGAAUGAAGCGUACAACCCUGAGUUUAUCCAGGCUGACGUAUGGGACGUCACCAGUGAUGACUUGCCACCUGGACUCGAGGAAGGCUCCGUAGAUGUAGCCGUGUUGAUUUUCAUCUUCUCUGCUUUGUCGCCUGAUCAAUGGGCCAAGGCUGUUCACAACGUCCACCGAGUACUCAAGCCGGGAGGCCUGGUCUGCUUCCGAGACUAUGGAAGAGGAGAUCUGGCCCAGGUCCGGUUCCGCAAGGGUCGAUACCUGGACGAAAACUUUUACAUCCGAGGCGACGGCACACGUGUUUAUUUCUUUGACAGGGAUCAGCUCGCCGAUAUCUGGACUGGCAAGAUGACCAACGAGGAUGUUAGGGCUACCCUAGAACCUGCCACUGCCGACUCGACAGCUGAGGCCGAGAAUGGUACAGAUGCUGCUCAAAACUCACACAUAGAGGAGAUCAAGACAAAGAUACCCCUGUUCGAGGUGGAGAAGCUUGGUGUUGAUCGACGAUUGCUCGUCAACAGAGCCUCAAAACUCAAGAUGUAUAGAUGCUGGCUACAAGGUCGCUUCAGAAAGAAAUAGACUAUAACAUCUCAAGAUGAACACAUGAUUCUUUCCUUAUAUGUGUGAUGUGAUGAGGCUCCUACACUAUAAUCCUGGUACUCUAGUAGAGUAAAAGAUCACGUAUCUUGGCUCUCUCGUCAGCACCAAACCCUAUGCCGUCCAGGUAGGCAUUUAGUCCACCAUAUUUGUCAUCGAGGUGUUUUUGGAUACCAACAAUCAUAUCAUCCGCAGUGUGAAGCCACUCGUCUGUCAAUCCGAUUUCACGAAUCUCAAUUAGACGCUGUUCACGUUCGGGAAUAAGGGCCUCGUCACUGAGAGCAUAGUCAUACUCAAUAGCCGAGACAGGAACAUCGAGGAUCAUAAGCACCAGCGCGCAAAUGAGACCUAUUCAGGAGUCAGCUCCAACACGAGUCGAAAUAUGGGGUCUUAUUACCUGUGCGGUCUUUGCCCUGAGUGCAGUGAACGAUAGAAGGAAGAGCAGCCCGGUUGGCAUAAAGUGACAGAGCCUCACGAAUCUCCCGAGUGGAUUGAUCGAUCGUAUCAAGGCCUAAGCCUACAAGUCCGCGAGGAAUCAUGACCUGCUGCCCGAGGAUAUUGAUCGCUUCAGUACGGUAGCCACAAACAAACAGGAACACCACACGGCUAAGGAGAAGUCAGUGACUAGUUUCGACACGGAGGUGUUCACUACUCACAAGAAGUCCCACCAUGAGAGCUGACUUAGGAGGAACAGUUCGAAGGGGCGUCCUGUGAUCUUGACUUGUCGAUAGUCCAGUCCAGAUAUUUGGAGUGGUUCAGCAAGAGCUUCAUUGGACUUAACGAGAGCAGGAAUAUUGGACUGUUCCUUCCGUCGUUG